AGCAGUACCACCUUCUUACCUGGCUUUUCCCGCUGUGCGUUACCUAUGUCUACAGCCUCUGUGGGCAUCGCGCUGGCCCCUGUUCUGGCUGCCGCCUUCGUUUUUCGAUCAGCAGCCUUCGUGCAUGUCGCACCAGCAUGGUUUUCGCCAAGCUCGACCCUGCUUGCUGGCUCCUCCGUGAGCGGGCUCCCGCCUGCCCUAGGGAGACGCGUUAGCGACGACCAAGGGAGUCCAGCGGGGAGCUCACGAUGGGACCGAUACUCUCGACGCAGCAGCCGGCUCUCAGCUGACACGAAUGGAAUGUAUCCCGACGGCGUGCCCAUCCUGCCAGGAAUAAAGACGAUAGUAGAGACCGAAGAAGAGGAGGAGCAAAGGGCCGUCCGCGAGUGGCAGGACGACGGCAGGAAAGGGAGGGUGCUGGUUAGGCGAAAAGAAAUCCCUUCGCCUGCGAUGGACCCAGCCUCCGUAUGCCAGCUGGUCUUCGAGUCCCUGCAGAACAACGAUGACCCGAUGUUAGACUACGGCGCGGCCGUGGCGGUGAAGUUCGCGUCGUCCAAGAGUGCCGUGAGGAACAUGACCCCCGCCGAGUAUGGGGCCUUUCUGCGGAACGAUCCGGACCAGGUCUUGCUCGUCGACAACGCUUCGUGUGCGCCGGCCGAGCGAGCCAAGGUGUCCGCCGACGGGAAACAGGUCCUUCAGAAGGUGGAGGUGGUCGGGAGGUACCCCGACGUCGUCAGGAGAAUAGUCGAGGUGCAGCUCACCAAGGAAGAGGACGAUUGCUGGAGAGUGGAUGCCAUGAUCUUCGGCCCCAAUGUUGAACAAAGAAAAUAAAGUAAUCACACACACACCCUGCGCGGUUGUGUCGUAGGCAACACGGGGUGGUCAGGACAGGUUUGGAGGAGCGAGUUCCGUGACAAAUGAAAUCCGGAGUCCUCUCGUGCAGAUAUAUAUGACUCCAUCUCUACUGCUGCCCGCUACGGUCUCAAGUCCCUGGCGGUCAAUCCCCGUAGUAGUCACGGAUUGUACCGUCACCGUUGGCCGAGAAAGUGUUGGUUCUCAAAACGGCGUCGUUGUCCUGUAGGUGGUAACGGGCCGGCCCUUUCCCAAUGCCCCUGUUCAUCGGGUCAAAAAAAAGUGAGAAAAGAGAGAACAAGAUAUUCAUUCCCGG